CACCGAUCCAGAAGAAGAACCAAUAGAUAUUAUUUGAUAUUUGUUUACUUAUGUUUUUUGUACAUUAACUAAAGGAUUUUUCAGAUGUGGAGAAGAAAAAUAAAAGAAAACACAAAAUUAAAACAGAAGGUUUGAAAAAAAAGAUCAAAAAAGAAAAAAACAAAUCAAGAGACAAAGAAAAAGGUAAAUCAGAUCAGGAAAAUUUGAUGAGCAUUUUGAAAUUGCUGGAACUUCAAGCUCGUGCGAGAGCUAUAAAAUCUCAGUUAGCCUUGGAAGUCGCGAAAAAAAGCGAGACAGAAACAAUUGAAAACAUAAAAAUUGAAAGCGACAAUGAUGAUGAGGUGAUCAUUGAAGUUCCUGAACCUUAUGAGAUUGUUAUACCUUCAAGUGAUGAAGAAGAUGGAAAGGACAAUAAUCAAAAUAAACAAAGUGAAAAAAAUGAUAAAGAAAGAGAAAUUGAAAAAAAUAAAACUGUUCUUAUUGAAGAAUCUACCAGCAAUGAUAAUACAGAAGAGAAGCAAAUAAUGGAGAGUGAAAAAAUAACUGAAGUGGAAGAAGUGAAUAAUGAAUGUCAAAUUGUUGAAGGGGAAAACAAAAACACUGAAGUUGUUAAAAAAUUGGAUGAUAAAUCAGAAGAAACUAAAAAUAUCGAUGAAAAACCAUCCUCAAGUAUUUAA